ACAUAAGCGGCUGUUAUUUGAAGCGCAUCGAAAUUUCCAUCAAAGUUUCUCAAAAUCAGCUCCAAAAUUAGAAAUUCACUUACAAAAUGGGUAAAGGAUGUGCCCUGCCAAAUUGUCCAAACUCCAAAACAUACGGGAAAUAUGUAAAAGGCUUUGGAUUUCCCAAAUCUGAAGAGCUGAGGAAUCGAUGGAUAUCAAUCAUUCAAAUGAACUGCCCGACAUGGAAUCUCACCAAAUAUCCGCGUUUCUGCAGCUUGCAUUUCGACAAAAACGACAUUAUCGAUGGCAAAAACAACAAAUUGCAAUUCAGCGCCGUCCCAUUGUAUUUCAACGAGAACAUCCGCGAUGAAAAUGACGAAAAAGUGCACGGUCCUAAUACGAAAAUCAGUACUUUAUUGGGAGAACUGCAACAAAAUCAGUUACUUUACUCCUCAGACUCGGAAUGCGAAUAUCAAGUGAUGGUAAAAGUGGUUAAGAAACCGCGAAAUAGCAGCAAAUCCACAAGGCAAGUGGCACUGCGUUGCGAUUUUUGUCAUAAAAAUAAGAAAAACGCCGUCGAGCUGCAGUCUCAUUUGCGAACCAUUCACGAUGUCAUCGUGGAUAUUGUUACGCCAAAAACUGCCAGUGUUCAAAUCAAGGAAGAUGAUGUGGCGAAAAAUUACAUGUGUUCGAUUUGUGGAUUAGUGUUCCGAAGUGACCCUUUGAUGGCGAUCGCACACAUGGAAAACGGACAUAAAACGACGUCAAAUGAGCCGGAACCGACACUGGAAUAUGUGGAACUGACGACUGAAGAAGAACCGCAAUAUGUGGAGUUGAUUGAAGAUUCAAAUAUUCAAAUUGAGGAUCUCAAGGCAGAUGAAGAAUUGGCUGUCGAAGACGAAAAUAUGGUAACGUACGUCGAACAACCUCUCGAAGAGUCGACAAUACUGCAAUCCGAAGAUGAUAUUAUCGAAGAACACGUCCAAACAACGUACAAAUGCAAAUUAUGCAACAUCGAUUUCGUGGAUCGCGAAGAAGUGAAAGCACACGUCUUGGAAUUACACACGAAACCAGUCGAAGAAUCGAGUGACGACGAAAAGGAGGCUUAUGAGCCCAUUUGUUACAUUUGCAAACAGGAAUUUUCGAGUCUUGCCAAGAUGCGGAAACACAUUAAACGACAACACAAGUGCGAGGAGUGUUACUAUUGCGCCCAUUGCACAGGUACUUUCCUGUCGCUCGACAUGUACGAGGAUCACGAAUGUCUAGAACCAAUGAUUAUUUGAAUAAAUUUCUAAUUUUUUAUUUGUACAGCUA